AAAUUUAUGUAAAUUUAACUUAAAAUAAUUAAAAUAUAUAUUAAUAUGACAUUUUAAUAUUAUUAAUUUAAACAAUAAUUCUGGGUCGAAUCAACAGUCAUAAAUGUAAUUUUGACCAACAUAAUAUAUUCUACGGAGAGCGGAUUUGAUAAAUAGUAUGAUGUUAAAUCAACUCCAUUAUAAUUAGAAACAAUGUGCGAAUAAAAAGGAGUAAAAUUUACUGGAUAUCUAAAAUUAGCUCAGACUUCCCGUCGCCGUGUCCGUGUCGCCCAAUUUUCCAAGAUAUUGAUAACUGCGUUUGUAUAUCAUUGUUCAACGUUCAUGUGUGUCUGUGACUUAUCUUUUAUUUGGUUGUAUUAAUAGUUUUAUUACGUUUAAUGUGCUAUUUCAUACGUAUUACGUAACCGAUCACCGUCCGUCGAUGACCAAUUUGACAAUGUUAUUUCAAAUUUUAAUUCAUUUUCAUCUUUGCGUCUUGCGAUACUUGCAACCACAUACAUAAAUCGUUUACGUUUAUGAUAAAUGUGCACAGUUAUUUUGUAUACAUUUAUGCAUCAGCCAUCACUACGAACAUGGAUUUGUUUCAAGAUAAAUUUUUAUAUCCGAAUUCAUUCGCAUCACAGACAACUGCAGUAGCACAGGAGUUUGUUGAUGAACAUUUUGAAAGUACUGAAGUCCAAGAUAUUUCAAAUAAUUAUUAUACUAUCCCAUCUACAUCUAUAACGGCUGCAUCAACGUCUAAGAACAGUUCAAGACCAUCGCCAUUGGAACAUAAGAAAUAUGGUAAUUAUAAACCAAUGGAAUGGACGAUUGAAACAUUAUUAGAUUUAAUACACACAACCAAUGACGGUAGAUAUAUUUUAGCUGAUGCUAAACGAAAUGAUGGGUCCUUAUCUGAUGAUUCGCAGAAUUUACUCACACAACUUUUGAUAAACCAUCUGUUUCAAGACAAUAGCAAAGGCACUGAUCUAUUUUUUAGAAAAAUUGCCGAUUUAAUUGUAGAAGUAUUUCCUAAGGAGCAAAAAAGCGUUUACUUUAUACCUGCUAAAACAGAAGGUCUGCAUCAAGCACAUGCCAAAGGAAAAUUGAUAGAACGAUGGAAAAAUGUGGCUAGACGUUUACGAUCAGUUGGUGUCUUAAGUACUGUAAAAAAAAAUUCCAAAAUUUUGGCAACAGAACAGACAAUUUCAUUUUCUGAAGAUAUACAUGCUGCCAAGCAAUGGUUAGCAAAUGAUGGAUUAACAGCUAGUUUUGAAGAUGUUUUAUGUAAGUGGCAAUAUACAUUAGAAUUAAGAAAAAAUGAAAUUCUGAAUCCUAGUAGUCAAUGUUUAACAGACAUUUUUAAAUCGUGGCCAGUUCUUCAAGGUCCAAGAGGAUUUGAAUUGAUUAUUAAAGACUUUGAAUUAUGUUACUCAGACUCACAUGAACAAUUUAAGGAUUGGAAUUGUUUUUUGAAUAGUUGGGAUAUAUUUACUACUAAGCUCUUAAAAAUUAGAAGAAGUUCUAUUAAAGACAAAUAUGCUUUAAAUCUUUUAUCAGUACUAGAUUUGGCUGAAUUAAAUGGAAAUGUAAAAACAACUCAUGCUUUGAAAUUACUUUUGCUUCCCUAUUUAAUUCCAACCAAAACUCUUAUUUGCAAUAUAACCCAAAACGGACAAAAUAAAUCUUGGAAGCCAUCUUUAUUGGAAUCUGCUUCAGCGUUUUCUUAUUAUUGCACAAAUCUCAUUGGACUUCAAGAAGACAUUGAGAAAAGGCGUUCAAAGUACAGUCAACAAGGAGCCACUAUUCAACCUUAUAUAAUUAUUGUUGGUAAAGAUUAUAACUCAAUCGAUACUUGUUAUAUUAGGGUAAACGAGAAGUUAUGGUCAUUUGGUUGUCCUGUUAAAGCAUUUGAGGUUUGUUUUAAGUCUUAUUUUGUUUUCAAUUGUUCGUAUCCCAAGGAGUGUUAUGAUCCUUGGAUAGUAAUUCAACAAGAGUUGUUUAAACUUGUAACUGCGUAUGAUAGAUCAACUGCAAUGACAACUUCAGUUAUUAAUAAACUAAAAUCAUUGUAGAAAAUAAAAACAUUUUCAUUUUUUAAUUAAUUUUAAACUUAACUGUAUUAAUUAACAUUAAUAUAAAAUACUGUAUUAAGAAU